AUGAAUAGCAUCUUCAAGCUACUACUUCGAAAGUUUGUGUUUGUCUUCUUCGAUGAUAUUUUAGUCUAUUCUAAGACCAUCGAAGAGCAUAAGCAACACUUGGAGAAGGUGCUAACAAUUUUGGAGGAGCAUCAUUUAUUUAUCAAAGCCACCAAGUGUGCCUUCAUGGAGAAGGAGUUGGAGUACUUAGGCCACUUUAUCUCAGGAGAUGGUGUCAAAGUUGAUCACAGAAAGAUAGAGGCCAUGGUGGAUUGGCCUCUACCCAAGGACAUCUCAGCCUUGAGAGGAUUUCUGGGGCUCAUGGGUUAUUACAGGAGGUUUGUCAAAGGCUAUGGGCUCAUAGCCAAGCCACUCACAGCAAUGCUCAAGAAGGACAGUUUCAAGUGGACAACCGAGGCUAGGGAAGCCUUUGAAGAACUGAAGCGAAUCAUGACCAAGACACCUGUGUUGGCACUUCUCAAUUUUGAGAGACCGUUUGAAGUUUAUACAGAUGCAAGCGGCGAAGGCAUCGGGGUUGUGUUGGUCCAAGACUGA